AUGACCCUCAUAUUCUCUGCUAGCCGGCGCAAAGGCAGGUCGUCGCCUCCCACCCUGCUUCCUCUUACAGAAUCCACCCACUUCCGCUCCCGCAGCCCCCGGUCGACCAUCCGCCAACGAGCCCGACGCUUCCUCCGUUCCCGGAUCGCCCGGCUUCUUCUCCUCUUGUUCUGCAUAUGGAACCUCGCCGAAGUGCUUCUCGUGAGGAGGAACCUCGCAACACCGCCGCAUCCGCGAGCUCAUGCCCGACGGAAAAACGAGAGGAUAUAUAUCGCGAGCUUGCACUGGAACGACGGAUGGCUGGUCCGGCAAUACUGGAGUGAUGCGGUCGUGGGGUUGGCCGAGGCGCUGGGGCCCCAGAACGUCUUUGUGAGCGUGUAUGAGAGCGGGAGCUGGGACGACACGAAGGAGGCGCUGCAAGAGCUGGACUCUACGCUGGGGCGGAUGGGAGUCGCGAGGAACAUUACGCUCUCCGAUGUUACACACGAGGAAGAGAUGGCGAAGGACCCCGAUGGUCCCGGUUGGGUUGAGACGCCGAGGGGCAGGAAGGAGCUGAGGCGCAUACCAUUUCUUGCCGAGCUCAGAGACAAGACGUUGAGGGAUCUGAUUAAGCUGAGGGAUCAGGGUAUACACUUUGACAAGACGGAGGAUGUCCUCACCCUUUUGGAUACCAAUGAUGGGACUUACGCUGCCGCCUGCUCCUUAGACGUUUCCAAUCCGCCCAACUACUACGAUACCUUUGCUCUUCGCGACUCCAAUGGGGAUACGCACCUUAUGCAAACAUGGCCAUACUUCCGGUCUGAGGUUUCUCGAAAUGCCAUGAUUGCAAAUUGGCCCGCCGUUCCCGUCAAGAGCUGCUGGAACGGAAUAGUGGCAAUGCAAGCCAAACCUUUCGUCUCCGAAAAACCCCUUCGCUUCCGAGCCCUCCCCGACUCCCUCGCCGCCCUCCACGUCGAAGCGAGCGAAUGCUGUCUCAUCCACGCCGAUAACCCGCUAUCCCAACAGCUCGGUAUCUACCUCAAUCCGCAAGUGCGCGUCGGCUACACCUCGGCCGCGUACGAGGCCGUCAACCCGACGUCAGGGAGCUGGGUGUCGCCCUGGCAGAUCUUCAAGGGUCUGUGGGGUAGCCGCAUCCUGCGGUGGGUGUACCGAACCGAGACGAGAGAUUGGAUCGUGAAGCGGAGGAUGGAUAGGUGGAUGGAGGAGAGGGUGGGCAAUUCUGAGCCUGGGGAUUUCUGUGUGAUUAAUGAGAUGCAGGUCCUGGUUGAGAAUGGCUGGGCGCAUGUGUAA